GGGAGGGCAGUUCACAGUGAGGAGGUGGUGAAAGACGAGGGAGGGGGUAACUACAAAUAGCCGGGGCCAGUAGGUUCUUCUUCAGUGCUCCACUCUGCUGCAGCCCUCACCAGGUUCUUUGUCCUCCAACAUGGCCUCCUACGGUUCCUCCGCCCAAACCUCCUCCUCCUCCUCCUACCGCCGCCACUUUGGCCAGGGCGCCUACGCCUCGCCCUCCCUCAACCGCUCGCUGCUGGGCCACAGCGGUGGCAGCGGGGGCCACGUCUCCUCCAGGGUCUAUGAGGUGACCCGGUCCAGCUCGACGCCUGUCUACCGGCUGUCUUCCAGCUACUACGGCAAGCCUGUGGCGACCUCCCGGGCCUCCGUCGGGCGCUCCUACGCCGGCAUGGGCGAGACUCUGGACUUCAGCCUGGCCGACGCUCUCAACCAGGAGUUCCUGACCACGCGGACCAACGAGAAGGUCGAGCUGCAGCACCUGAACGACCGCUUCGCCAGCUACAUCGAGAAGGUCCGCUUCCUGGAGCAGCAGAACCAGGUGCUGGCGGUGGAGGUGGAGCGCCUUCGAGGGCGCGAGCCCACGCGCAUCGCAGACCUGUACGAGGAGGAGAUGAGCGAGCUGAGGAGGCAGGUGGAGAUCCUGACCAAUCAGAGGUCACGCAUAGAGGUGGAGCGAGACAACCUGAUCGACGACGUGGACAAGCUCAAACUCAGACUCCAGGAAGAGAUUCUCCAAAAAGAGGACGCAGAAAACAACCUGGCUGCUUUCAGGGCGGAUGUGGACGCUGCCACGCUGGCUCGUCUGGACCUGGAGAGACGCAUCGAGACGCUGCAGGAGGAGAUCGCCUUCCUGAAGAAGAUCCACGAAGAGGAGAUCCGCGAGCUGCAGACGCAGAUGCAGGAGACCCAGGUGCAGAUCCAGAUGGACAUGUCCAAGCCGGACCUGACGGCGGCGCUGAGGGACAUCAGGGCCCAAUACGAGGGCAUCGCCGCCAAGAACAUCUCAGAGGCCGAGGACUGGUACAAGUCAAAGGUGUCCGACCUGAACCAGGCAGUGAGUAAGAACAACGAGGCGCUGAAGCAGGCCCGGCAGGAGACCAUGGAGUUCAGACACCAGAUCCAGUCCUACACCUGCGAGAUCGACUCGCUCAAAGGCAACAACGAGUCCUUGAUGAGGCAGAUGAGAGACAUGGAGGACCGCCAUGGACGCGAGGCCAGCGGCUUCCAGGACACCAUCGCCCGGCUGGAGGCCGAGAUCGCCAACAUGAAGGACGAGAUGGCGCGCCACCUCCGCGAGUACCAGGACCUGCUCAACGUUAAGAUGGCGCUGGACGUGGAGAUCGCCACCUACAGGAAGCUGCUGGAAGGGGAGGAGAGCAGGAUUACCUUGCCUGUGCAGAGCUACUCCACCCUGAGCUUCCGAGAGACCAGCCCGGAGCACCAGCAGCGCUCCUCCGAGAUGCACUCAAAGAAAACCGUCCUCAUCAAGACCAUCGAAACCCGCGACGGAGAGGUUGUCAGCGAGUCGACGCAGCACCAGCAAGACAUCAUGUAACCAUGCGCAGAGGAAAAGAAGAAACACUAAACACUCUGUCCUUUCCUUGACUGAAGGACAGAUGACUUAGUCAGAAAAGGUGUGCGAAUAAAACAAAGUAAAAAGACCUUAUAAACUCAUGAUUAUGGCCUGUAAUGUUUUUGUUUUAAAGUUACUGUUGUAUGUGAAUUUAAAGCAGAGUGGUGGUAUCAUUAUCUGUAUCAGGGUUUAUUUAUCUCUGCUUAGCGCUGUGUUUUACGAUGUAUGUAUGUGGUUAUAGAUGCACAAGUGUCGUAGGUCUCGGCCUCCUGUCGCAAUCGACCACAUUUCUAUGCAGUCCCAAACAGAGGGUGCAUCCCAAUUCUCUUAAUUGCAUCCACGUAUCCCUCACUUUUCCUUGUCCCGCUGACAGAUGCACCGAGAGAAAGAGCAAGACAGAGAGGAAAAGAUAAAUAAGAGACUUGAGAGUCACCUAUAUAGGACUAGGGAUUUUAUUUCAAGACCAGUCAAGACCACAACUGUGGGGAUGUCACUAAAUUACCUGUGCAUUGUCUGAUUUAUUUGUUAACAUCCUAAAUUUGAUUGGAUGUAAAACUUUAUUUAGCAACCUGUGUAUAUACUGUAUGUUUCAGAACACUAGUUUUAGUUGCUUGCAAGCUAUUUGCCACCUAGCUAGGUGCACCAGCUACCUGAUGUAGUUAACAUAUUGAGGCAAGUAGCUAAUGCAGUGGUAACUUUGUGAGAGACUGAGACAGGCCACAUUAAGUUAUGUAGCUAAUGUGCGAGCUGAGUUACAUCAUCCUUAUAUGUCGGCUGCGUACAGCUCCCGACAUUAAAGCUAGACGCCAUGGUACUGCUUCCUCACCUGGGUGAGAGAGCAAUCCUACAGAUGUGGCAGCAGAAGAGUGGAGAAUAAAGAUGAAAAAUGUACAUAUUAAAUAGGUUGCUCUGUACGGGCAUAGGCACGUUACUUUAAGAGUGCUAAAUAUAAUACGAAGGAUCAAAUAUGAGUCAAACAAGACAGGAGUCAAACAGAAAACCUAAUGCAUGUUAGGUGGAUGGUAAAACAUGGGAAAGGAGCGCAGAACAAAGAUGGUGAAGUUCAUUUCAGCUCUUAAGUCUUUGUAUUUGGGUGUUUUUAUGGGAAUGUGGAUCUUUCAGAUUUGGGAAUCGCCUAUGAUUAUUUUCCACAUUUUAUAGUAUGUCAUGUAGUUUGAGCCACUGGUCUUGAUCUUGACUUAGUCUCUAUACAAUCUGAUCUUGGUCUUCAUACACUCUAAACUUGGUCUUGACUUAGUCUCAACCCCUCAAAGUCUGGGUCUCAUCUUGGUCUCGCCCUCCCUUUACUUGUCUGUGUCUUGAUACGCUCUGGUCUUGGUCUUGACUUGGUUUCAACCCCUCAAAUUCUUGAUCUCUUCUUGGUCUCAGUCCCUUCAAAGUCUUUACUUGUCUUUGUCUUGAUACGCUCUGGUCUUGGUCUUGACUUGGUUUCAACCCCUCAAAGUCUUGAUCUUUCUUGGUCUCGAUCUUGACUUGGUCUCGCCCUCCCUUGGUCUCAGUCCCUUCAAAGUCUUUACUUGUCUUUGUCUUGAUACACUCUGGUCUUGGUCUUGACUUGGUCUCAACCCCUCAAAGUCUUGGUCUGGUUUCUGUCUCGAUAAACUCUGGUCUUGGUCAGGACUUGAUCUUGGUUGCGGGCCUUGACUACAACACUAAUGUACAAGCUACCCUGCAAAAAAUCUCCAUGUCAUUUUUGUGUUUAAUUAUCCUUAUUUUUACCUUCUCAAUAGAAAUCAACAUGUUUCAAUCAUUUUCUGACGCGUAUGCAUCUUGAAAUAAGUAAGAACAAGGUGGGUUGCUACAGUAGAAUAUAGGAAGGAUGACUAAUUAAGACUUUUUCUGCCACAAUAUUGCCACAGUAUUCAAAUAACAACAUUAAAAACAAGCACAAGCAACAUUCAAAAGGCAAAAAAAGCAUUUCAGAUGGUCUCCUAAAUAAUAUAUUCUGGUACUGUGGACGCCUUCUGCUCUGUAAUUUAAAUUAAAUGUCACAGAAAAUUGUUUCCGAACAACUGAACCACUCCUCUGCUUUUGCAUCUCAUUUAUUUUUAUCGAUAACGCAGUAAUGUAGAUUUUUCUUCUGUUUUUUUUCUCCAUACACAGUAGGUCAGAGUCAUUGUUUUGUCCAAUCAGGAGCGCUAACAAGAAUCAGGUGAACUGUAUGUGCAUGUGGUUGUGCUUAUCAUCAAAGGGACGCAAAAAGGACAGAUAAAAAAAGAGAAGAUGGAGGAGGAGAUUAAAAUGUGUCUGGAGAUGAAGCGAGAGAUAGGCGGAAAGAGGUUAUGCGAGGUAGAAAAUACAAGAACGACGGAGAGAGAGAGGGAGAGAAAGAGGAGGGGGUCUGUUUUCAGGAACGAUAAUCCCUUGUGACUUUCAAAUAUUAUUUGCUAAUAAAAGUAAAGUGGAUUUCA